AGGCACCGUACCAGUUGACAUGAGCUCGCCCAAGUCAUUCAUGACAGUCACCUGACUAAAACAAAUUCAUGUUGUGUUCUCCUAGCCGUAAGAAGUAAGGUAACAUUUGGCAGGUUAUAUACAUUUAAUUUAUCAAAAACGUCCGAAGGUCUUGUGUCGACUGCCAAAGGAAAUGUAUAUUACCAUCUCUGGGGGUGGUUUGUGCAGCUAGCUAGCUAAAUUAAUGCUCCUGUUGUCUCAGGACAGUGACUGUCAGUAAAAAGAGGGUUAAAAAUGCCUCAGUCAGCGAGCAUCAUCAGUGGGAUCCAGAGGAUGGUUCUGUAUGAAACCAGAGCCAGAUACUUUCUUGUAGGGACCAAUCAGGCACAGACCAAACAUAGAGUCCUGAAGAUUGACCGUACAGAACCCAAGGACCUGGUCAUAAUUGACGAUAAGCAUGUGUACAACCAGCAGGAGGUUCGGGAGUUGCUGGGACGCCUGGACCUGGGAAAUCGCACUAAGAUUGGUCAAAAGGGUUCCUCGGGCCUGUCUAGGGCUGUCUCAGCCUUUGGCAUUGUGGGGUUUGUGCGUUUCCUGGAGGGAUACUACAUUGUGUUGAUCACCAAGCGUAGAAAGAUGGCCGAUAUUGGUGGACACUCCAUCUACAAAAUUGAAGACACCAGCAUGAUCUACAUCCCCAAUGAUUCAGUCAGGGUUACGCACCCUGAUGAAGCAAGAUAUGUGCGCAUCUUUCAGAACGUGGACCUAUCCAGUAACUUCUACUUCAGCUACAGCUAUGACCUGAGCCAUUCGCUGCAGUACAACCUGACUUUGUUGCAGAGGCCUUAUGAACUAUGGUCAUCACCAGUGUCCUCUGCUGAGGAAGAGGUACAAACACAGAGCAAGCAGGAUAGCUUCGACAUCUUUGAAGAUGAGGGUUUGCCUACACAAGUGGUUUACGGGAUCCAGAACGAGCCGUACUACAAGUACGUGUGGAACGGGAAGCUGCUAGAGCGAGUCAAGGACAUGGUGCAUCACAACUGGCUCAUGUAUAUAAUCCACGGCUUUUGUGGCCAGUCUAAGCUUCUGAUCUACGGCCGACCCGUUUACAUCACCCUCAUAGCCAGGCGCUCCAGUAAAUUUGCCGGGACCCGCUUCCUCAAAAGAGGAGCCAACUGCGAGGGGGACGUGGCUAAUGAGGUUGAGACUGAGCAGAUUGUCCAUGAUGCCUCAGUUAUGUCUUUCUCAGCAGGAAGUUACUCCUCAUAUGUUCAGGUGCGAGGUUCAGUCCCGCUCUACUGGUCCCAAGACAUUUCCACCAUGAUGCCGAAACCCCCAAUAAGAUUGGACCAAGCUGACCCGUAUGCUCAUGUAGCUGCCCUCCAUUUUGACCAGAUGCUGCAGCGGUUUGGCUCUCCUAUUAUCAUCCUAAACCUGGUCAAGAAACGUGAAAAAAGGAAACAUGAGAAGAUUCUGAGUGAAGAGCUCUUUCCAGCUGUGAUCAACCUGAAUCAGUUUCUCCCUCCAGACAACUGGAUCGACUACAUCGCCUGGGACAUGGCCCGCUACACCAAGAGCAAGUUGUGCAACGUUCUGGACCGUCUGAGUAUGAUAGCAGAGAACGUGGUUAAGCGAACAGGUUUCUUCAUUAAUCGCUCUGACUUCUACUGUCAUGCCCUCAGACCGGAUGACAGGUGGGGAGAUUUAGGAGGACACAUCACAGCCAGUGGACGGGUGCAGACUGGUGUGUUGCGGACCAACUGCGUGGACUGUCUGGAUCGGACCAAUACGGCCCAGUUCAUGGUGGGGAAGUGUGCGCUUGCCUAUCAGCUUUAUGCACUGGGAAUGAUUGAUAAGCCCAAACUCCAGUUUGACACUGACUGUGUGAGAUUGUUUGAGGAGUUGUAUGAGGACCAUGGAGACACUUUGUCACUGCAGUAUGGUGGCUCCCAGCUGGUACACAGAGUCAAGACCUACCGCAAGAUCGCUCCGUGGACACAGCACUCCAAAGACAUCAUGCAGACGCUGUCGCGAUACUACAGCAAUGCUUUCUCAGAUGCUGACAGACAGGAUGCCAUCAACCUGUUUCUCCAAGUCUACCAGCCAUUGGAGUCCAAACCGCACCUAUGGGAGCUGCCCACUGACUUCUACCUGCAUCAGAAGAACACCAUGGCCAUCCCCAAGGACAGACGCAGCUACACACUGUGGUGGUCAGAGGGUAUCUUGUCCUGUCUUCCUGUGGCCUACGAUGAAGUCCCCUGUGAGGAAACCAUGAAGAAGAUCAAAGUGAAGAGAGUGAACCGCUUUGAUGAGAGUAUUGACAUCUACACAGAGUUCUUCAAACCUUAUGAGCUUACCUCCUUUGAUGACACAUUCUGCUUCACCAUGACAAACUCUGCAAGGGAAUUUAUGCCCAAGACCGUAGGAGUGGAUCCAAGCCCAUUCACAGUUCGCAAGCCAGAGGAAACCGGAAAAUCUGUGUUGGGGAACAAGAGCAGCAAGGAUGAGACGCUGCUCCAGAGGAAGACUGCAGCCAGCGCACCUCCUCCCCCGAGCGAGGAGGCCAAUAGCAGCACGUCAGAGGACGACUCAGAGGAGGACCGCGAUGACGACGGAUCCGUGUCCCAGCGCUCUACCCCGAUCAAACUGCUAAUGGAGUCUGGCGAGAGCACCCGCACACAGGAGGAGAUCCAGCAGCAGCAGUCAGUUAAGGAGCCCUAUGGAGUCAAUCUGGCUGCGUUUCCUGCUGAAGAAGACCUGCUCAUUUAUAAAAGAUUUGCACAUCUGGGUGAGAGCCAGCACAGGGUGCAAAAAACCGGACACAUAAACCUGGCAAACAUCAUCUGCUUAGAGCCAGUGUCCUCCUUCUCAGAGGACAGCGUCUACUCCGUUUCUCCUCCGCAGGUUGACAGAGACAGCCGCGAUGAGUUUGACAGCCAUGUGAUGACAGGUCGGGGCCAGGUGAGGGUGCUGUGCAGGGACGACAUGUUGCUCUACAGGGAGUACGUGAAGAACAGAUACAUGUGAGACACACAGACGAACAGGAAGUGGAUCACUGGUACCAACAUGCACAACCAGAUUGUGAUCCCCAGUAAGUCUGCAAGAUUUGACAUUGACUACUCAUUAACUAAACACCUCAUGGACUUAUUUAUUUAUAUUUUUGUCCUGGUUGGAGUAGACUGUUCAUCGUGAAGAUGUCCUUUAUUUGGACUAAACUAUGCGGGUUUAUUUUUUUAAAUAACUUCUAUCCAGUUAUGUCAGUUUUGUUUUUGUUUUUUUUUUUACUCAUUCAGGCCUUAGCAGCCUGAUAUGCCUAUAUGGUGCUUUUUAUUUGUUCUUUGUCUUUUUUUUUUUUUUUUCAUUUUAAUUCCAACUCUUUUAAGAAAGUUAAUUUAAGUAUAAGUACAUUUCUAACAUGGAAAUUGUUUUGAUUCUUAAAUUGUUAAUAUUAUGGCAGGCCCAAAGACUGACGAUGACGACUGAUUCUGUAACUUCCACCUCAGAUGUGCUUUCGGUCUUAUUCAUUCUGUUAAACAAGAUACAGCCCAUUUAAGUUGUCGUUUUUAAUUUAAUUGCUCAGAAUCAACAUCAAGAUCAUAAUAUUUUGCACACUGUAUUAUGCAAUUAGACUGAACCUGCAUUUCACUGAUACCUGGGGGUUUUAAACCCUGUUUUUAGUUUACAAAACGGCACACUGAUUUUGCUUUGUAUAAAUGCAUUUCUGAUACGUCAGCUGAUUAUUGUGUACAACAGUUCGAAAGUAAAGGUUUAUUUAUUACUAUGA